GCACCUGGGUGGGACGCUGCAGAGCACGCACAGAGGUGUGGAGGGAAAGCCGGGCGUCGGGGGCAGCCGGCACGCCGCUUGAAAGAACACGCGGUCACGUCGCCGUCGACAACCAACGUCGUCGUCGUCGUCGCCUGCCACGGGGACGACGCCUCGGUCUGGUUCAUGGCUACAGGCUCGGCCAGGGACCAGCACAAGCUGAUCGAGGAGCUGAACGUGGGCGUGGCUCUGUUCCGGGACGUGCUGCUGAGUGUGAGCAGCGCCCAGGACGGGCCCGAGCUGCGCCAGCGGAUACGCACGCUGCGCCAGCGCUGCGUCCAGGCCUGCGUCGACGCGGCACACCUGCUGCUGCCGCACAUUCGCAGCGCCGUGUCGGACGGCAUCCCGGUGGACUCGCAGCAGCUGGUGAACCUGGUGUGCUGCACACAGAUGCUCCUGCGAGAGCUGACCAAGUGCCGGGCGCUGCUCGUCGCCCACAAGAUGGACAUGCGAGACUUCUCCGAGCCUGUAGGACCGCCGGGAGGAGUAGCGGUGCUCGACAGACUGGUUCUAUGGAGGCCUCCGCCCAAAGACUACCACCUCGAAGAACUGCGUUCCAUUGACAGGGAUGCAGAGACCGUCCGGUCAGUGCUAGCCGAGAUGCAGGAGUUCAUGCCUCACGAAAGCAAUUGCAAGAACCUGAUCGAGGAAGGGCUGUUCAAGUGGCGCCGGAAGGGAGGCCUGUACGGCCAGCUGGGACACCACCUUUGCUGUCUGUGCCGGUCGCACAUCAGCUAGCCCCGCUGACACUGCGCGAGGUGGCUCAGGAAACAAGAGGUGGCGUCCAGGCGUCGAAACCCCGCGUAUGCAGACGUGGACUUAUAACGGAUCCCGCUUGUUUUGACGGAGGAGCCGGCACUCGUCUUCACGGGCUGAAAAAGAAAAAAAGAAAAAAGAAACAUCGCGCCCAUUGCCAGACAUGUAAUACUCUAUGUGACUAUCGCACCAUGCAUUCACCCACAGAGACUGUUCCUCGGUGAUAUAUUUACCUGCGCACGCCAUCAACAUUUGUCAUACGGUCAUGACUUCUCGGUUCUCUUUGAUGACAAUUUUUUUUGUGGAAAGCAAUGUGAACCAUCGUUGAAGGUAUCAACACAAAGGGAAAUAACUCUUUGCAGAUGCAGUCACAAGCAACGGGGAGAUAAUUUAUUGUUUUUGGCCUUAAAGGUUUUUUUUUUGUCGAAUGUUGCGAAAACUACUAGUCCGGUGAUGUUUUAUUUUUUUUAAUUUUCGCACAAUAGAAUCAGCUCUCAGCUGCAGGGGUUGGUGUAGAGGUUCUCUGGCGUAAAAGGCGGAACGCUUGCACAAAAACAGAGCAGUAUGGCUUGCGAAUAUCUAGAGAAAACGCAAGACCAGCAGUUGAACAUAGUUGAGGCCCUAAACAAAACGCGUUGUGAAACACGCUAUGAAUUAAAACACCGUACUUACUUCGCACAAUUUACAUAUACCAUUAAAGCGCAACCGAAAAUUUAAUGAAGUGUUCAAAGUUGAUUGAGCAAUUUGGUUCGUGAAACUGAUGCAUGGCUAAGAAGGACGCGCCAUCUCGAAAGCACGCUUCGUCAGGUCAGAGCGCGCUCAGCAGAAUCACUCGGUCCAUUUUGCAUGUUGCGACGUCAAGUAUACCCGGGCGUAUUCGUGGCGUUUACAUUAUUUACAAUGAGUGCAGAUCGCCUCUCCCCGGGGCCUCUCUUUCACAUUAGUGACCACAAAGGCGUACAAAGCAGGAGCAACGCGGUCGGAGUACGUUCACAGCUUGAAAAUAUCUGCAUAUUUUGCCAUGGUUUAUCGGCCUCCCGUGAAACUAAUGUGGUCGACAAGGGGCCAUUGCUUUGAUGAGACCACAUUCACGACGUUUAACUAGAAGUGCCCGAAUUUGUGUACCUGUGUUUGCUGCUAUCAUUGCAGUGACAUUCCGUAUUAUGGGGUUCCAUAGUGGUAAAUGGCUGAACACAGAUGUUUGCGCUGGCCGGUAUUAGAUGCGGUUGUUCGCUUCUCGGAAAACCCGAACCGUGCCAUCAUUUUUGACUGACCGACAACGUCUUGCGUAGGCAAAUGAAUAUUGCCUCAACGGCGCAUAGCGCAUGACAGGGGACGUUUUAGUAAUUCAGGAAAAAACCGAGCAACACGCUCUUUUACGCUCUGGAUGAAACUCAGUUAAUUUCGUGAUCUACAUAGAGAAUUGAAUUAAUUUGACAAACACGAAAUUGACUCUUCGACCGCAUACUUUGUGUGUGGUAGCUACUAAAGGCGAAAUUUGCAGCUGAGGUCGGCAUUGAGUAAAGUUUUUUAUUGUUGUUUUUAGCUGUUUUUGCACGACAGACUCGCGAGUAAAUUACAUUAAAGAAAAACAAAACCAAGUUCCUAUCUUUUUUUUUUUUUGCUUCUUAGAUACAAGCUUCACGUAUAUCGCUUUCUUUGUUCGCUUUAAUGACUGCUACAGCAAAAACAGGCAAACAAGCAAUAGGAAAAAUGUGAACAGAUACGUGUGCGAUAAGAAGCAUUAAUGUUCGUAGAGUUGUGAACAUGACAAAAAAAAAGUCUGACGCGUUAGGACGCGGUAUUGUAGCCAAGUUUCCGGCUACACUUGCGACCGGAAUCAAGCGAAAAAACAAACAAACAGAUUUAAAGCUGCCUUUAUCAUUAUUAUAAUCAGAAAUCAGCACAAAAUGAGUCGAAUGCGAAAUUGGUGUUGGAUGACAAGAAAAAAAAAGUUCGUAACCUUUCUGCUCUUUAGUAUCGGCAUCCUCAGGAGCAGCAACUCGUGUCCCAAAGUGACAAUACCUGCAAACUUUCACGCAGCUAUUGACGAAGUUAGAUCUUGAGAACGGUUUUCUAAAGCGCAGCCUUGCAUUCCGAUAGUUUGAUUUGGUUUGUUUCGGAAGCUUUUUUUUCAAUUUUUUUUUACAACUUGGCAGCGACCCCGCGCGGCCCGUGAGGUAAACUGAUUCCCACUCGCAUACUCUAUCAAUUUCACUAGUGAACUGGAACGUAGCACUACAAAACGACCACACUUUGUACAGAAAUCCACAAGGACGAGAGCGAGAGACGGAGAACGGGAAUCAUAAGCGCAUUACUUCGCGGUAAGCUCCCGCGAGUUUUCUACACGGACGUUCCUUCGAGUGGAGCACCACACGCGGGCAAAAACACUGUUGGCGCGCAUUUUCUAUAUACUCUACGCUAUAGCAGGUGAAUGUGCGAUAUCGGUGUGAAUGUGCCCAGCCACACGUCCUCGACUACCGAGCACGAAUCCUUCAGCACCGGCACACACGCGAAACGCACGACCGGACGCUUCGCGUUUAUGUUGUACGUGACGAGCGCGCUCCCGCACGGUUCUUCGCAACGCGACACAAUUCUUGACCACACGUUUUCAUCGCGGCUACCACUGUCCAGGAGCCGUCACGCGUACUUAGUCUUCUCGCACGACACUUUACACUCGUAUUCCUGAGAUUACACGCUAUAUAUACUAUCUCUUACAAACGAAUAGAUCACUAUACUUCACCUAUACUCUUACUCACAAAUACACAUAUGUCAUGCCCACGCCUGUGGCUAAGCGUGAGCAUUAAAAGUCGGGGCUCCUGGCAGAAAACGUUAUAGAGAGCUUAGCGCGUUUGUACACAGUAGGCUAUCGUAGUUUUGGCUUUGCAAGCAGCACCACAGGUAGCGACUCUUAGCACUGACCGGUAUCGACGUGUUUUU